GGUCCAACCCUCAGCGGCAGCAGCACCGAGCAGCGGCGGCGUCGAGACGGCAGAGUGCAGAGUGACAGGGCGUUAUCUUUUACAUGAUUAAAACACUAAACCGGGAGGAAUACACAUACGGAUCGAUAGAAACAUAUCUUAAACACCCAGUCCGUCAUGGAAUCCUAUGACAUUUUAGCUAACCAGCCUGUUGUGAUUGAUAAUGGUUCGGGGGUUAUCAAGGCUGGUUUUGCAGGUGACCAGAUCCCCAAAUACUGCUUCCCUAACUAUGUGGGGCGUCCCAAGCAUGUGCGUGUGAUGGCAGGAGCCCUGGAGGGAGACCUCUUCAUCGGACCCAAGGCAGAGGAGCACAGGGGCUUGUUGUCGGUUCGGUAUCCGAUGGAGCACGGGAUAGUGAAGGACUGGAACGACAUGGAGAGGAUCUGGCAGUAUGUUUAUUCCAAGGAGCAGUUGCAGACUUUCUCCGAGGAGCAUCCUGUACUGCUGACUGAAGCGCCGCUCAACCCCAGCAAGAACAGGGAGAAGGCUGCAGAGGUUUUCUUUGAGACCUUCAACGUUCCUGCUCUCUUCAUCUCCAUGCAGGCUGUCCUUAGCUUGUACGCCACAGGUCGUACCACUGGUGUCGUGUUGGAUUCAGGGGAUGGUGUAACCCACGUUGUGCCCAUCUACGAGGGCUUUGCCAUCCCACACUCCAUCAUGCGGGUGGACAUUGCUGGAAGAGACGUCUCGCGGUACCUCCGUCUGCUGCUGCGCAAGGAAGGCUACAACUUCAACACCUCUGCAGAGUUCGAGGUUGUUCGCACCGUCAAAGAGAGAGCCUGUUAUCUAUCUCUCAACCCGCAAAAGGACGAGACUUUAGAAACAGAGAAGGCCCAGUAUGUUCUCCCUGAUGGAAGCACUUUAAACAUCGGUCCGGCCAGGUUCCGCGCUCCAGAGCUGCUGUUCAGACCCGACCUGAUAGGAGAUGAAAGCUCUGGGAUCCACGAGGUCCUGGCUUAUGCUAUCCAGAAGUCUGACAUGGACCUCCGACGCACACUGUUCUCCACCAUAGUAUUGUGUGGGGGAUCGACAUUGAUCAAAGGCUUUGGAGAAAGACUACUAACUGAAGUCAAGAAGCUCGCACCCAAAGACGUGAAGAUCAAGAUUUCUGCUCCCCAAGAGAGGCUCUACUCCACGUGGAUUGGUGGCUCUAUCCUGGCAUCAUUGGACACCUUUAAAAAGAUGUGGGUGUCAAAGCGGGAAUAUGAAGAAGACAGAGCACGUGCCAUCCACAGGAAGACCUUCUAGUAGGGGCCGGCGCCUUGCGAUUGCCCCCAGAACUGCCCUCAAAUCUCCCCCAUCAUACUGACGGAGACUCCCAUACUCCUGCACCUGUCAUCUCCGGGUACCUCUGCAUCAUCCUUUAUCAACCCAACCGCUUCUAAACCACUGUCCGUCUACUGCUUUACCCCUCCACCCAGAGAAACACACACGUCGAUGUGUGGUAGUUUCCAUAUUUACCUCCUUUUUCAUUCGCCUCCUGUUUCCCCCCAGUUCUUCCUGCUGUAGGGUGACGGUGAGAGCACCCGCUAACCUCCAAACAUCCCAAACAUUCACACACAGAGGGCCGUCAGGGUAUCUGGGAGGAUUAGCACUGUGGACUCUUACUACAGGCCAUACUAUACUAUAAUUUAGUCCACAUUGAAGUAUUGGUAUUGCUCUCUUGCCUACAAAGCCCUGCAAGGUGUAGAAUAUCAUGAAAUGUCAAUAAAAGUGAAUGUUUUUUUUUUUUUUUUGCUACUGUUGAAAUUUCCAUUCCAAACCGAAGAUUUAGGUUUUUAUUUGAUGUCCAUUUUGUACACUUUUUUUUUCCUGUUUCUGACAUGGAUUAGCUCGUACAGAAGAAAGGUUUGAAGUACUAUAGAAGUAUGUAGUGCUAGUGUCAGUGAGCAGGCAAAAAGGUAAAGAUUACCACUGUAUUAUAUAUCUGGCCCAAACUGCACAGUUACCACCUGGGAGCAAAGUCAAUGCGGUUAAUUUAUCAACUGACUGAACUGAAGUCAGAUCUUAUUAUCUUAUCUGUCAUUAUUACCAAUGAAAUGUUUCUACAUAAACAUGACGUCACGUGUUUGUGUUGAUGAGGAAAAUGUUCAGUCAUUUAGUCGGCGUUUUGUCUCAGCUGACAGGAUUAAAACAAAGUGUAGAAAAAUGCCUUGAUUAUUAUUAUUAUUUUAAUUUUUAAUCCAUCUUUGGGUUCUGCGUUUACAGCGGUCGAGAUGCACACUUAUUAACUUAGAAAUACGGUAUUUUUCGGGUCUUAUUCUCAUUAUUGUUCUGACUCUGGGUCAUAUGUAUAGUAUAUAUCGGGGCAAGCAGCACGAGGCUCUGAAAGCUUUCCAAAUACACUUAAAGUUUACAGAAAUCAUUUCAAACACUCAAACAACUCUCCGAUAUCCGACUCCGAGUUGAUUUCGGGGAGGUGCGCAGCAGUGUUGGUUUGUGGUAGUAACACAGCUGGAAUCGCUCAUCUCUCUAGAUUUUCCAAGUCUGGCAUCAAGUCCCACUCUGUGGCAAUCAUUUCCUCCUCAAGGCUGAAACAUACAUCUGCUCUUUGAUUGUGGUUCGAAUAAACACGGUCGACCAUCAAAGUGAAAUGACUCAUGAUCGUCCUCGAACAGUCCACUGGAUAACCAGCUGUCGCUCUUCUCGAAUCUCCUUAGAAGAAAGUAACGUGCACAAGUUUUCUGUCGGUUGUAAGGCUGAAACUAACGAUUAUCCUCAGUAUCGAUUAAUCUGUCGAUUAUUUUCUCGAUUAACCAUUUUGUAUAUAAAAUGCAAGACACAGUGAAAAUGCCUGUUAUAGUUUCCCAGAGCCCACAGCGACGUCUUAAAGUCUUUGUUUAAUACGACCAACGGUCUAAAACCUAAAGAUAUUCAAUUUACUGUCAUAUGUGACAGAGAAAAGCAGCAAAUCCUCUCAUUUGAGAAGCUAAAACCAGUGAACGUUUGGCCUUUUUGCUCGAAAAAUAGUUGCAGAUAAAUUUUCUGUCUAUCGACUAGUUGAUUUAUCAGCUCUAGUCGUUUGCUAUGACUUUUCUAGCAUGCAUACUGUUUACUUUUGUGUAGCCUCAAAGGCAAGUGUUUGAAAUAUUUCCUGUAAACUGAAGUGUAUAUUUAGAAAGCUUUAGGAGGCUCAUGUUCCGAUAUGUUUUUUUUCUGGAGAUUCUCAAAACUACAACGGAGGUGACGAGUGGAAAGUUAUUUUGACCCAGAGUCAAUUAUAAGAAUAAGACCCAGGUUGAAAAAUACAGGAUUUUGUCCUUUAAAUGCUUCUGUUUUAAGUGUAACAUUCAGCUGAUAUGAUUUAAAAAAAAAAAAAAAAUAGCAGUCCGACUUCCCCCACUUGUCUAUUUGAAGCUCUUUACUCAGAUGCAUGUCAGUUAAUCGUGUACAGUUAAAGAUCUCCACCAUCAGCCACAGAGACAGGAAGCCAGGCUCCAGAGACAGGAAGCCAGGCUCCGGAGUCUGGACGGUUAAACGCUGAGAGGCCACAGAAAAAACCAACAUUGCGGAUGAUUAUUAUUCCCCCCCCCUGUACUAGUAAAAGCCUGGGUCUUAUGAUUUCCCUGCACCUCAAUGGCAGUGAAGGGGUCGUGUCCACACCUGUGUCCGCCUUACUCCAGUGCGUCUGCGCCGGAGCGUCCACGUCGUCUGCUUUUGGGUGUUUUUAAAAAAGAUUACAAAAAAAAAGGUUGUAAAAUGUCAUCAGCCUUGUGUACAGUGGAAUCAAAAACAACCACAACAAAAACCAUUAAGGUAACAGACUAAAAAUGUACAAUACUGUUUAUUCAAGUGUUUGCUUUUACUUUUCGUAAAUUCAAUAUAAUAAAUAAGUUAAUGGCUGCUG